GCUGAGGGCAGGAGAGAGGAAUCCCGGUCCGCGCAGUUUGCCUCCACGCCUCCCACUCCACUUCCUAUAUUGUCACGUUCUGUUUGAGCUCCAGGAUCUGUUGGCAGCAGAAUGACAGGAGAACUGCGGGACGACGAGACGGAGGAGGAGUAUUUGCAUUCGUUCAUCCGGAAACAAGGGAACAUUUAUAAACCAAACAACAAGGACAUGGAAAACGAGAGUCUGAACGAGAAGGCGAUGGAGGACGUCCACACCAAGGAGAUCGACCUGGUCAACCGGGAUCCGAAGCGCAUCAACGACGACGUGGUCAAGGUGGACUUUGAGGACAUCAUCGCAGAGCCUGCGGGAACCUACAGCUUUGAUGGCGUGUGGAAAGCUAGCUUCACCACCUUCACCGUCACCAAGUACUGGUGCUACCGGCUGCUGACGGCACUGGUCGGCAUUCCCCUGGCUCUGAUUUGGGGAAUCUUCUUUGCCAUCCUUUCUUUUGUCCACAUCUGGGUCGUGGUGCCAUGCGUGAAGAGCUACCUUAUCGACACCCACUGCAUCAGCCGCGUCUAUUCCAUCUUCGUCCACACCUUCUGCGACCCGCUGUUCGAGGCCAUGGGCAAAUGCUUCAGCAACAUCCGGCUCCGCACAACAAAGGAGGUGUAAAUGCACGAGAAACACAAGAAAAGAGGAGGAUUCAUUGCAAAUCACAGCAGGGAGGAAAAAGUGAGAUAGAACGAAAAGUUAGGGAAUGGGAAAAAAAAAGUAGACCUCUGAAAAAUAAGAGGUUGAGGGAUGUUUGGAGGGGAAGAGGCGAGGUCACCCAUCACCUGGGCUAGCCUUUCUGUUUUCUCUGUUUUUUCUCUCCAAGGCGGCUUAGCCAACCAGGUGGGCACCCCAAAAAUUCAAAGGGUUAUUCUUCUGGGUUUUUCUUGAGGUUUUGGUUUUGUGUAUGUAUGUGUGUGAUUUUUUUUUAGUGCUGUUUCUUUUGUCAAGCAAACAGUCGACAAAAUGUCGUAUCCUCUCAUUAGAGUCAUUCCGUGUGUAAUCCGUGUUAAGACGAGAAGGUCGGGGUCUGCUGCUGUUGUUCGUGUUUUCUGGUUUUGGGGCCGGUAGUCCGGGGCAGGAUGGUCAGAUGCAAAGCGAAGGCUAAAGGGGACACUGGGGUCAAAGACAAAAGGCAAGCACUGCUGGAUUCUGUCUGACUCAGCAAAUGCUCACUUGCACAGUGGCACAACAACUUGCUGCCGUUCCAUAACCUCCCAGCCCCCCAAAAAACAUCCUCAUUCACCAACUGUUCCUCCCUAGCCUCGCUUCCUUUUCUCCAGCAGUCUGACACACUGAACCCGCCCGUCUUGCUUGUACUCACCUGUGUUCCUCGCCGUCCGCCACGCCCACCACGCUGCCUCGACGUGCAGAAAGCCAUCUCCUGUAAGCACCCUCACACCCCCGACCACCACCAAAUCACCGCCUUGUUCCUACACCACAUCCCCUCUCUGCACCGCAGAGUUCACCACAGUGCCUUCAUGACCACAGUGUAUGACAGGAUAUUCUGAUUAUGUGCCUUCAGGUUUUUUUUCACAUUUUUAGAAAAAUUUUUGCCUUUUAUUGUUCACACUAUUUACAAUUUCAGAGUGUUUUGAACAUAAAGAGCUUGAGGGUUUUUUUAAGUGUUAUGUUACAUUGUUUUAAUAUGCCACAUGUGCCAUUUAUGUGGUUAUGUAAAAAAUAUUCCAGUGCACUAAUUUCUGGAAAGGUAUUAACAUCUCCUUCACUGCAAAAACACAAAAAACCUUAUUGAAUGUUUUUGGCCUAAUUUCUAGAUUAAAUAUCUUAGUAUUCUUGAAAUAUACAAAGGCAUAUUAGGGCCAUUGUACCAAAGAGGAAAGAAGUAAAUUUUCACCAGAACAUCAAUUUCUGAGUGUAGAAAAAGUUUUUAAAGUUUGAGAUUAAUCUCAGAGGCUUUCUGGAAAAGAAUGAAUUUGAAAAGUCUUGUUGAAUUUUUCAAACUGGACAUUUUCAGAAGUCAGUUUUUUUUUUUUUUUUGAAGGAAAUUAUUCUUACCUUUCUCUCUUAUAUCUAAAGCACUGUCAUAAAAAAGGACAAACUUUACAUGUAUAUAUUCAGCAAUAUAUAAUAGUUCCUUAAUAUUGAUGAAAAAUUACUUUAUUCACUGGUAUGAGCAACAUGUCUUGUUAUAAGUGAAAUAAUCUGCCAAUUUUACAUGAACAUUACAGGUGAUUUACUUUAAACCAGCUCUGAUAUCUUGCUGAAAAAUUGCUUGUAAGUUAGUUUUGUCAUGUUUCAAGUGGAAUAAGACAAUUGCAGUGGAAACUAGACCAAAACCACUUGUUAAUAUUUUGUGUUUCUGCCGUUACUUUCUUUUUUCAGCAGUGGAAUUUGACCUUAGAAUGUGCUGUAUUGAGCUGGUGUGAAACCCCGCACUGCUUCCACAGGUUAAUGCAUUGGAAUUAAGACGUGAGGCAGAAAAUGUGCUCGUCUGGAUGAUUUGGAUGCAUCACACAGACUCCUACUUGGCUCUGUUUUCACCUUCCUCUCUGGGUGGACCGGACAGGGCAAAACCAGGCCCGUAUCAGGGUUGGAGUUCUAUCUCAUCAAGACACAAAAAGCUCACUUUAAACAUCUGCCUCCUUUCGCUCACCUGCUGUCUUUUCACAGGAUUUGAUAGUAUCUCUGCACCCACUUCUUUCUUAAAAGAGAACUUUUAACUUCUGAAGGUGACAUGUUAUUUUUCUUUGUAAGAAAUAGUUUUUCUUUCUUGCUUCCUUUUAUUUACAUUAUCACACCAUGCACAAAUAAAAUUUAAUAUAAUCCA